ACACACACACACACACAUACAUACACAUACACACGCUUACACACAGACAUUAAUGCAUUAAGCAAUAUUUAUACAUCAACCUAGAUCUUCUCUCUCUCUCUCUCUCUCCCUUUCUCUCUCGCUAACACUUUCUAUCCGUGUAUGUGUGCGAUGGCCGUUUCCUUAAAUGUGUCCGUGUGUGAGUGUGUAUAUAUGCAUGUUUGAAUGUAUAUGCAGUUAUAGCCAACGACGUCGUAUUACUUCUUCAAACUAUUCGGACGUUACUACUGAAGUCCUGUCAUCGUUACAUGGAACUCAGCCGACCCAGCAGUCAGUCUGCUUCGUCUCCCAAGCGGGCCAGUGGUGAUGCCCAUGUUUGUGGCAAAUGCAAGGAAGAAUUUCUCGAUUUGGCAGAAUUUCUUGCUCACAAAAAAUCCUGCACACAUCUUCCACAGCAACAAACAGAACAGCAGGAUGAUGUUUGUUCUUCUGAAGUAGAUCCAGAUGGCGACUUUCAAACACAAUCCCCUUACACACUUGCUCUUCAUGAAUCCGAAAGUUUUACAAAUCCAACGGAAGUAGCCCUUAAAAGUAUCACGGACUCAAUAGACGCUACGUCCUCUGCUCCUUUUUUUCUACAGCUCAAUCUCGAUGGUAAAAUAAAUCACAGAGACGCUGAUGAUAUCGUUGAUGAAGAGAUGGAUGAUGUUGACGAUGAUGACGAUGACGGUGGCGAUGAUGUUGAUGAGGACGAUGUUGACGAAGGCGGCGGUGACGGUGGAGGAGGAGGAGAUGGCGGCGGCGGCGGCGGCGAAGACGACGAUAUCAUCGAUGAUGAAGAUGACGAAGACGUUAUGAAUGACGACGAUGACGAUGAAAAUGUCAUCGACAACAGCAACAACCCCAACAACAGCGAAAGUGAGAACAACCUCAUCAACAGCAGCAACAACAAUGACAACGACGCCGACGACGAUAUCGACGACGGCGAUCACAACCUUGUCAGCAGCAAUUCUAACAACAACAACAACAACAACAGCAGCAGCAGCAGCAUCAUCAACAGCAACAGUAGCAUCAUCAGUAGCAACAGCUUUCACAGCAGCUUCAGUAACAGCCAUCAUCUAUAUCAUUUACAUCCCCAUCAUCAUCAUCACCAUCAUCUCCACCACUCUCUUGCUAAUAGUGCCAGUGUUGGUGCAACCAACAGCCUGAGGAUGUCACCAGAACAAUGUUCGGACAAAUAUAACCCCUUAUUACUAAAUGGGGUCGAGAAAGAUGCCAGCAACUAUGAUAUAAACGGCAGCGAGUUUUUACAUCUUGACGAAGGACGGAAAUAUCUCUCGGAAUCAAACCCUCAACUACCUCACUUUCCACUUCAUCCUUAUUCGUCAAAUCUUAUAAACGGCGCCAGUACUGGAGGCAAUGUUAUUAUUGAACCCCUGCCCGAGACCAGAGCGGCGGUUGCGCAGUUUGCCGAAACAAACAGCGCUGUGGCAGCGGCAGCAGCAGCAGCGGCAGCAGCCUCUGCCGCCGUCACCGCCACCGACAUGGCUUCACUGCGUGCUUCUAUUUAUGGCCUCCAUCAACAGGCCAACGCUUUCAUUCAAUGUGUCAACAUGUUUGAAGAACGUUUCAUGGCUUUUGCAUCGAGUCUCGGUUCGGGCCCCACCGCUGCUGCAGCUGGGCUGCAUUUGUUGAAUGGCCCCUCAUCUUUGAACCCACCAGUAGUAAAUACCUCAUCAGGUCUUCUUUCGACGGCUCUUCCGUCUUCUAUAGUUAGCGGCGGUGGCAGCAUUAAUGGUGGACUCGGUGGUAACGGUGGUGUUGGUGUUGGUAUUGGUAUUGGUGGUAGUAGUGUUGGGGUUGUUGUCCCGUCUGCGACGGGUCAGCAGCAGGGCUCGAUAUUGGAUAGUGCAUCUCCUACUGUUGCUGGCAGUUUAGCGAAUUCGCUUGAAGUUGUGGCCACCACUGCAAUACGGCACACAACGGCGGUCCUCAACCAGGCCGGCGGCAUACAGACUCAGUGUCAUGCACUGCCACCUAGUGGACAUCAAAUCUGUAGUAGUAACAACAGCAGUAGCGGUAGUAGUAGUGGCAACAAUAGCAUCAUUAACAGCAACGUGGCUGGUUGUUUGACUGGAGGUAGCAGUGUUAUAAGCAGCAGUGCAGGCAGUGGUAGCCAUCACCAUAACCAUCAUCAUCAUCAUCACCACAGUACAACACCAAUUGUGUCGUCCGUAAUACAUCAUUUACAUCCGCACCAGGAGACUCAUGAAAGUACUCAGUUACAUACAAACCUCACAUCCUUGCCAUCAUCACAUACUACUUCAAUGGAAUACUCUCCUUAUCACGGAUUGGUUGGUCAUCCAUCAUUUGGUUCGACGCAGGGCUUUAAACAUAAAUGUAAAUUCUGCCAGAAAGUCUUCAGUAAUGAGAUCUCGCUUCAAGUUCACGUCAGGUCACACACAGGUGAACGUCCAUAUCGCUGCAAUGUAUGCAACAUAAAGUUCUCCUGCAAGAGUGCACUGCGUGUGCAUUUCGGCAAGCAUAAAUCCCACUACAAGUUGGCUCAUCGACCUGCUCCUGCUCACUCAGUAAGGAAUCCAGCACUGUUACCGUCACGUUUUCAGUUCUCCCCGAUGGGUAUCGCUGUCUCUUCAGUACCAAUAAGUCUCUCGGCUGCUGGAAUUCCCAUCACAGCUUGCAAUUCCCCGGUUGUGUCGUCUGCGAUAAGCCAAGCUUCCUUAUUGGGUUCGUCGUUUAUGUCACAACACAGGUCAAUUCCUCCCGAUGGAGUUGUUCUGGUUGGUAGUAGUAACAGUAGUAGUGGUAGUAGUGGUGCGAUCAGUACAGGCGGUGCUACUCCUCUUGCUGUUGCUGCUGCUGGCAGUGGUACCGAAAGCCCGGCUCUCAAACAGGAAAACCCUGAUACCAAAUUGAGUGAAGAUCCGCCCGCUUGCGCCUCACCAAGCAACAGUAACGUGAACAACAAUACUAACUCUGUCAAUAAUGUUGAGAUGCCAAUUCCAUCUUCAACACCCAAUGCUACUGCUGCUACUGUUGCAUCUGUUCUUCCGUUAACAAAGUUAGCCAAAUUGACUUGUUCCAGUCCAGAGAGUACCUUAAAUUUAUCUUCAGACUCAGUCGCGGCUUCCAUCUCAUCUAUCAUUACUGCUGCCAAUAGUUCGAUGGUAACGACCACGUCCUCGACUUUGGACCACAUACCAUUGAGCGCUUCUCGUCAUUUCCACAUCCUACCACCGAUGUCAACAGUUCCACCGCCUCCCCUUGCAGCAUUGCCGCCCAACUUUAACCCUGCUGCUCAUCCCCCGCAAAUGAACAACACUGAUUUAAGGACUAUGCCUGGAGGGCUCUUCCCGCCCGCCAAGCAUAUUGAACCUGGAGAAAAUGUUGAAGAUUACAUGGAAGUUAAUACUUCUGAAACGACCAAACUUCAGAAAUUUGUCGAAAAUAUUGAGCAUAAGUUGAGUGAUCCCAAUGAAUGUGCGAUUUGUCAUCGUGUGUUGAGCUGCAAGAGUGCCCUGCAAAUGCACUAUCGUAUCCACACUGGAGAGCGACCUUUCCGUUGUAAGUUAUGUGGACGUGCCUUCACCACGAAGGGCAACCUCAAGACACAUAUGGGUGUGCACCGUGCCAAGCCGCCAACCCGGCUCACCCAUCAGUGUCCAGUGUGUCACAAGCAGUUUACCAACAUUCUCGUGCUACAGCAGCACAUUAGGGGUCAUACAGCGGACACUUACCCAACAAUGCCUCCUAGUCUUUAUCGUACUAGUGACUGGCACCCUAAACCGUUCGAUCUGAGGCCUUCCAUUGAACCGAAAGAAUUAGACUUGAGCAAGACAUCCUCAAGUUUUCUGUCUCGUUCUGUUCCACCGUCGACAACAUCACCAUCGGUGUCUCAGACAUCUACAUCACCACUGUGUUCACCUUUGGAAAACAAUAAAAUAAGUCCAACUUCUCUGGACCUGGCUCCAAAGAAUUUGGAAAGUGCAACUAACUUGACAGAGACAAGCAAUGAACUGACUGAAGGGGCCACUAAUGUGAUUACUAGGAACAGUAACAGUUUAGAUAAUAGCAAUGUGAUCGAUGAGAGUGUGAUGGAAGAAGGUGUGAUCGAAUCGGAAAAUAUGGAGGAUAGCAUGGUUGAUACUUGCAACCUCGAUGAUACAGGUGAUAUGGACGACAGUGCCCUAGAUCCAAGCGGCAUGGAAACCAAUCUAAUGGAUACUGAGGAAAUAAACGACGAAAAGGCAGAGAAUAAAGAGGAGAAAACAGACGGAGAAGACGCGAAUAAAGAAGAGGAAUGGAUGGAGACCAAAUCAAAAGAAGAAGCCUGGCCCGAACCUGAAGAUUCUAGAACGUCAAGCGAGGCAGGCCAUGAAAAUCUUGAGGAAGAGAGACCAAAUUCUCUGGCUUCUGCUGCAUCCCACGAAUCACAAGAUCUACAUAAAAACCAUGACUUCAAUCCAGCUUCAAGCUAUGAGGCACAGAUAACAUCUGUGAUAACAAGUGGUUUUGUUCCUCCAUCGUCAACCUCACUUGCCGCUUUAGAAGCUCGAGUCCGAGCAAUCAGUUCAAAUAACCCACUCAGUAUGACUGUGGGCUCCAAGUUCAACAUGAGACUCCAUUCCCGUGACUUUAACCCAGCGCAUAAACAGUUCUCACAUCAUCUUCCACAUAGUGCUUUCCUCAAUGGAGACGGAUCUCCCGGAACGUCACCCCAUAGCCAGUUAUAUACUUCCGAGGGAAAAUCCGAAAGCAAUGGUAUGAAAGAUCCCAUUGGUGCCCAUUCUGUGUCUCUUCAUAUGCGUCCUGACGUAGCGGGUUUCCCCAUGAGUUCCGUGUUUCCUUUAGCGCCAGCACUUGACUUGCGUCCCAAAAACGUAGAAGGCAAAACAAACACAACGUGUUACAUUUGCUUUAAAACGUUUGCUUGCAAAAGUGCUCUCGAUAUUCACAUUAGGAGUCACACUAAAGAGAGGCCGUUCAAAUGUGAAGUUUGUGAUCGCAGUUUCUCAACUAAAGGUAAUAUGAAGCAACAUAUGCUGACACACAAAAUAAGGGACCUACCAUCACAGGCGUUUAAAAAAAACUCCAGCAAGCUUGACUCGGCUUCGAUAAAGAGAGAACCCACGAUCGAACUGGAUAGCUCUCGCGUAUCCGAGUCCCUUGCGUCUAACAACAACAGUGUAAGUCCUAGUAACUUGAAAUCUAGUAAUACACCCAAUGAUGUCAGUAAUAGUAGCAACAACAACAACAGCAAUAGCAACAACAACAGUGAUAACAACAGCAACAGCAACAAUAACGGUCAAACUUCAUUAAAUACUAGUGUGAGUCAAGGAGAAAAUUCCUUGCCCCUAACUCCUACCAGUGAGGGGAGUAAUACCUCCCCGUUUGUACGACGCCCAUCUCCUAAACAUACCUGCAGUGUCUGUCAAAAACACUUUUCCAGCGCAAGCGCACUUCAAAUUCAUAUCCGUACUCACACUGGAGACAAGCCCUUCAAGUGUAGUAUGUGUGCAAAAGCAUUUACCACUAAGGGAAACCUGAAGGUUCACAUAGGGACCCAUAUGUGGGGAAACAACCCUUCCCGACGAGGUAGACGAAUGUCAAUUGAACCCCCUUUUCUUAUUGGCCCAAAAGAGCACCCUUAUUUAUCUCCUUACCAUAGGUCUCCGGAGAUUUUCUUUCAUCAGUAUCCACAUUUCUUAAACGGAAUCUCUCCAAAAAUGAACGAGAUAUCGGUCAUCCAGAGUUUAAACGGGAGUUUAAACCAUAUGCCCAACAACCUGACCGAGGCACAACUGUCGAGCAAGGAAGAACCUCCACGCAGUGAUAGCGGUGGAGGACACAGCAGCAUCGACAGUGGACGUAAGAGCACGGAGAGUCUACCAUCGUCUUGGCCCAGUGAUAGUAUGCCUGGCUUAGGAACAGCUCAUCAUCCCUUACAGCAUCCACUUCACUUACAGCAGCAGCAACAGAACAACUUAAGUCCCAAUAGUACUAGCAUCAUAACUAGUGUGACACCUGUAGUUAAUAACACCAACCUUAACAAUACAAGCAACAGCAACAGUCCUAUCAACAGCAACAACAACAUCAUUGUAAACAGCAAUUGUAAUAUUGUUAAUAAUAGUACAGCCCUUGAUGUAUUAAGUAGUAGUGUAAGUAACAAUGAUCUAUUAAUGUCCACUGGAACAGAUGGAGAAUUAGAUCUCAGUAUGAAAUCGGCUUCUUUAUUAUCCUCAUCGUCAUCGUCAUCGUCUUCAUCCUCUUCUUCCUCUUCAUCUUCCUCAUCCUCGACAUCUUUAGUAACCGGUGGUGGUGGUGGUUGCGCUAGUGGUGGUGGUGUUGUCGACAGCAGUGCUGCUGCUAUUGCCGCUGCUAGCGGCGGUGGUGUUUGUGGUAGUGUGAGCGGUAGCGUGGUCGUCGGUAGUGUAUUGAAUGGAAGUGGUGAUGCUGGCGGCGUUACUGUUGGUGUGGGUGUCGGUGAAAGUAGCGUAGCUGUCGGCAGCGGCGGCGGCGGCGGCGGCGCUGUCACUGCUGGUAGCAGUAGUAGUAGUAGUCAUAGUAGUAGUAUCGGCGGCGGUGGCGGUGGUGGAGGCGGCGGCAGUGCUGGUAGCGGCGGUGCCAUCUCUAAUGAGGCAAGCCCCGCCUCGUCUCCACUGGCGGCACCUCUUUCCGUCUCACCCCCAACAGUGGUUACCACACCAAACACUGACGCAUCUCUCUUACCGGAAGCUCACCAGAACAUUGCUUCCUGGUCGUGGCGAACUGUUUGCCAUAUUUGUAACCAAGUUUUCACUACCUCCCCAGCAUUAGAACAUCAUAUGCGACUGCACCAUGCCACUAAUCCAACCGAAGAGCCUCUACGGACUUCUGUCUCAAAUUGAACUUUUUCCCCCAUCAUUUUUGUAACAAAAGAAAAAAAAAUUCAAUCAAAUGAUUUGAAAAAUAUAAAUAAAAGAUGGAUAUAUGACAAGAACAAAAAGAAGGAAACGAAAUGUAAAGAAACAAUGAUGCUGAUAAUUAUUGAUGGAUUCUUGGUGAUAAUUAAGUUUGAAGAUGUUGAUAAUAAUAUUAAUAAUAAUAAAAGUAUUGAUAAUAAUCAUUGUUAUCAUCCUGACGAACAUUUGGAAUUACCAAAAUGAAAAUAUUCCAAAAGAACACCCGAAUAUGUAAAAUUGCAUUAUGCAUGCGUGAAAGGGGAAGUAUCAUAUAUGUAUACCUACAUAUGAGUAUGUGUACGUGUAUAUAUAUAUAAACUUUCAUAAAUUGCAUAUACAGUGAAUAAAACAUACACAUAACAUGCAUUAAAAAAUGUAAUAUGUGUAAUACCUAUCUUUGUGACUACAGCGAUUCACAAACCGAUUAAAAUGACAAUUAUAUAUAUACAUAUAUAUAUAUAUAACAAUAAAAAACAGUUACAGUUGAUCCAUUGUGGUUCUUCAGAAAAACAAAGAUGAAUGGAUUUUUUUCCUCAUAAACCGAGAAAAAAAAUGUCCUGUCUACAGUUUCCAAUUUUGCCCCCGUAACCCUUGAAAAUGCUGUUGUUAUGACAACGAGACUGAAUUCAUGUAUAAAUAAUUAAAAUAAACAAAUUGAAAAGAGCAAGAAAAUGAACCAUAAAAAUUUUUAGAAGAAAAAAAAAUGUAAGAGAGAAAAAUUUAAAGCUAAAU